AUGUCCACACCCCGCCGCCUCCCCCUCCGCCACGCCCGCCGUCUCAUCACCGACCCCCCUCCCACCCCCAGCACCGACCCAACCCUCCUCCCUCUCCUUCCCGGCUACGAGCAGCUCCUCUCCUUCUACGCGCCCUCCCUCACCGCAGGCGCCUACACCGCCACCGCGCAGCAGACCGUCACCGCGCCCGUCCGCUCCGGCCAAACCGCCCCCGACCCCCCACUCACGCUCACAACCACGCAGGGCUUCUCCAUCACCGCACCCCGCUUCGCACUGCCCACCGGCGCGGUCCACUCCCUGUAUCCGCCGCAGGGACAGGGAGAUUAUGUGGAGACGCUGCCGCAUAUGGUGUUUAAUGACGCGCAUCUGCCGUGGGAGCGGGAGGCGACGGUGCCUACCUCCGCUCCCUCCCCCCCGCCCCCGCCCUCCCCCGCGCCGCCCACGCCGCCCACGCCACCACCACCACCACCACCGCCGCCGCCACCACCACCAGACACACGCAACCGCGUCCCCUGGCUCGCGCUCCUCUCCUUCACGGCCGACGAGCUGGCCAUCUCCCCGUCCGACCUCGCCGCAGGCGGCAUCUUCGACGCAACAUCGCUCCCCAAGCCGGUCGUGCAGAGCGCGACCAUGACAGUGACCAUGAGCGUUUCGGAAGUUGUCUCAAUGUGUGCCCCCACCGCACAGCCGCCGCCCCCCGCAACCGCAAGCCCGAUAACGGUUGUCGCCGCCGACACCGCCGCGCCCACGACAACAAUGACCAGCGCCGUGUUCCUCCCUGCCGCGCUGUUCACGGCGCUGUUCACUAGCACCGACGCAGCCGGCGUGAAGGUGGCGGACGUGGAUAGGUACAAGUACCUCUCGCACGCGCGCAGUAUUAAUACGACCGGCAUGGCGGCGGCGAGCGAAGCGGGCGACAGCGGCGUGUUCAGCGUGGUGCUGUCGCACCGGACGGGGCCAAUCGAUUCCACGGCCACGCAGCCCACGCCCGUCAUCGUGCACCUCGUCUCCAUCGAGGGAGUGCCAGGCAUGACGUUCCCGCUCCCCGCGGACAUCCGAUACGUCGCAAUGACAAGCCUCUACAGCUGGACAUACACGUGUCUGCCCCCGGGCGCCGACAACAUCUACCAGACGCUUGAGGGGCUCGGGGAGGGACUGGGGUUGCUGAGGCCGCCGGAUGCGAUGAUUACCGCCGCCGCUGCUGGCGCCGCCGCUGCUGCUGCUGCUGCUGGUGUUGCCGCGGAUGCUACUACCGCUGCUGAUGCUGCUGCUGAUGCUACUACCGCUGCUGCUGCCGCCGCCGCAUCUGCCGCCGCCGCUGCUGCUGCUGCCACUGCUGCACGGCUGGUGGCUAGGCUGAAGGAUGGCUACACGCUUGUGCGGUGGCGCGUCCAGACCGGCGAGGAGACGGCCGCGCUGUUUCGCGGAGCGCUAACGCCGACUGUGGUCCCGCGCCCGCUGAUUGGCGGGUGGACAAGCGUGUCAAAUUCAGGCAUGGACCUGCAGGUACUGGACCAGGAGGUGGGGCUGAUGGACAUCACGUACAGCGCUGCAUGGCAGCUGGGGCGGACGCUGGGGAUGGCAGAUCGUGCGUUUGUGACUGCGCUUGCGAGGGUGCGUGGGGCGGUGUAUGAUGGUGCUAUGGCGCUGUGUAAGGGUGCGGCGCUGAACGCGCGCAUUCCCGGCGCGUAUCGGACGAGGGAGGAGACGCUGUGCGGGUUGGUGAAGGGCGUUGAGACGCUGCGGGGGUUGCCAGGCGGCGGGGGGCUGCGUGCGCCGGGUGGGAUGAUGCGAAGGUGGCGGCGAGAGGCGGUGGAGAUCCCCGAUCUCAAGUUCGGCGGCGGCGGGGACAUCACGCCCGCCGAUUUCGCCGCAAACACUGUGAUUGUCGUGCGGGAGCUGGCGGCAGCCACGGGCGGCGGAGUGUACAACGAGCUCAACACGCCCGUCAACACGGACUGGAUGACGGUUCUCAAGUGGGUUAUCGAUAAGCUAUUCCUCUCCGGUAUCCCCGCACAGUAUCUCAUCAGCGACCCCACCCACCUCCCCGCCGAGGCCCUGCGCUUCUUCACCAUCGACGGAAACUGGACCGAUGCCCUUCUCGACGGCGCCCUCAGUCUCGCAAACCACACCGUCGACACAACAGACCAAGUCCGCAUCGCCAUCAAGACCGCCAUCAACGACUACCUCACCACGCCGCUGCCCAUGCCCGCCCCCGCCACCAGCUACCUCCCGCAGAUCCCGUCCUACGGCUUCCUCCUGCGCUCGCAGGCAAUCGUGCAGUUCCCCGAUCUGGUCGUCAUGACCUCGCCCCUCCCCGCCACGGGCGUGCCAAUCCUCCGCCACGAGAACAUCGCCGACGACACAAUGCUGUGCCUGUUUGACCGCCAGCCUGGAAGCCCAGCCUUCAACAAGCUGACGUUUCGCCAGCCGCCGCACCAGCAGAGCUUUGUCGCGGCGGCGGCGCUGACGGCGGAGAGCUUCACGACGGCGUACAAGCGCGUGUACACGCAGCCGGACCCGACGUACGAGACGGACCCGCUGCCCACCAACACGUGGUACAGCAAGGAUGGUGUGCAGGUGUUUGAUUGGGAUACGAGGACGCUGGUGUUUCCGGCGUGGCCGGUGGACGUGUUUACGGCGAUCAGUGCGGAGAUGGCGAAGGUCGGCCCGGACGCGUUCGUGGACACCGAGGCCACCGCCGCGCUGUGCGGGAUCCAGCUCAACAACCCGAUCUACUCCAUCGACAUUACCCUGCCGCCGCCGCCGCCAUCCGCACUGCAGGAGCCUCCCGCCGGCGGCGCUGCAGCCCCACGAACGCUCCUCCUCCUCGACCCGCCCAAGCGCCCCAGACCCCUUCUGCACAAAAAGUGCGCCUCCGCCUCCCCGCCGCUGCCACCCCCGCCCGCCAUCCAACACACCACUAUCCCGCCCCUCCCACCCCCCUCCUCUCGAACCCGCCUCACACCCCUCCCCGCGCCCGCCCCACCACCCUACCACCGCCGCCUCCUCCCCGCGCGCCCCUCCUCCCACAUGACCACCACCCCCUCCACCUUCCCACCCCCUCCCACCCCCACCCCCGGAAUCACUGCCGCCCGCCCCCCACCUUCGCACCUCAUCUUCAGCAUCCUCCUCACCAGCGGCGCGAACACGCAAUACCGGCUUCGCAGCAUCGAGCUCUCCCUCCCCCUCGGCAGCAUGGCCGACGCCGACGCGAAGACCACGCCGCCGUUUGCGCAGCGGUACGACGGGCCGGGCGCGAGCAUGCUGAGCAAUCUACGGUUCAAUGUCGCCGUGGAGUUUUCUGCAAAGGCGAUGGUGCUGCGGGUGCUGCCGCGGACAACGAGGGGGUGGGUGGGGGUGGGGGUGUGCGGGGAGUGUAGUUUUGGGCUCGGGUGGGUGCUGGUGAAUGAGUGGCCGGCGGCGGUGACGGUGGGGAUGACGGUGAGGGAGCAGUGGGAGUGGGCGGUGUUGGAGUAUACGGUGGGGGUGGAGUUGGUGCCGGGGACGACGACGACGACGGCGGCGGCGGCGGCGGGGCGUGGGGGGGUGUAG